ACCACGCCUUCAUAUUCCUCCUCCCAUCUCGGCGUUCUCCUUCCCUUCCUCGUCAAAUCCACGCGAGAGCUCUCCCAGGAAGCGCCGUCAUCACAAGUCAAGAGAGGGGAAGGGAAAUCCACCGGAUCUCUCGGCGGCGAUGGCGCUCUCCGACCUCUCCCGCGAGUCGCUCCUCCCGAGCUUCCUCUACACCUCCACGGCCGCGCGCUCCUUCGCCGGCGCCUCCCGCUUCCCCUCCUCCUCCUCCCCCCAGGCCCCGUCCUUCGGCGGCGGCAGCGCUGGCGGCCGCAAGCCGUUCUCACUCCAGGCCCCCAACGAGAAGAUCGAGAUGUACUCCCCGGCCUUCUACGCCGCCUGCACGGCCGGCGGUAUCGCCAGCUGCGGGCUCACCCACAUGGCCGUCACGCCGCUCGACCUCGUCAAGUGCAACAUGCAGAUUGACCCAGCGAAAUACAAGAGCAUCUCGUCUGGAUUUGGUGUCCUGUUAAAGGAGCAAGGAGCCAGGGGAUUCUUCCGGGGAUGGGUGCCUACCUUGCUUGGUUACAGUGCCCAGGGGGCUUGCAAGUUUGGGUUCUACGAGUUCUUUAAAAAGACCUACUCAGACAUGGCAGGGCCUGAGAAUGCCUUGAAGUACAAGACCCUAAUUUACCUCGCAGGGUCAGCUUCUGCUGAGGUGAUUGCUGAUAUCGCUCUGUGCCCCUUUGAAGCUGUGAAGGUCCGUGUGCAGACACAGCCUGGAUUUGCUCGUGGGUUGAGUGAUGGGCUCCCCAAGUUCAUCAAAGCUGAGGGUGCUGGUGGGCUCUACAAGGGAAUUGUUCCACUCUGGGGUCGCCAGAUUCCUUAUACCAUGAUGAAGUUCGCUUCCUUCGAGACCAUUGUUGAACUUAUCUACAAGCAUGCUGUUCCUGUUCCAAAGUCUGAGUGCAGCAAGCCUUUCCAGUUGGGUAUCAGCUUUGCUGGUGGUUACAUUGCUGGAGUGUUCUGUGCUAUUGUUUCUCACCCGGCUGACAACCUGGUCUCUUUCCUGAACAAUGCCAAGGGUGCUACAAUGGGUGAUGCUGUUAAAAAGAUUGGUGUUCUGGGCCUUUUCACCAGAGGUCUUCCCCUUCGUAUUGUCAUGAUCGGUACUCUUACUGGUGCUCAGUGGGGAAUUUACGACGCUUUCAAAGUGAUGGUUGGACUUCCAACAACUGGUGGUGUGGCACCAGCUCCUCCGGUAGAGGCGGCACCGGUUGCUUGAUUUUUCAUGCCAAGACAAUGACGACGAUGUGUUCCCUGAUGUCGUAGGGGUGGAUGGGAUUGUAUCAAUUACUUGAGUUUAGUACCCCCAAAUCUCUUAUUUUUGUAGCAGAUGAUUACCGUGUCAUCAUUUUGAUGAGAGGAACUCAUUAAGCAGGUGAAAUAGUUCUUUUUUGGCCCCCCGGAAAGUUUGGUGCUUGACACAUAAUAAGUUUUAUUAGGACAGCAAGGCUGUUAGAGAGCAGGUAUUGCUAUCACCUGUACCGAGGAAUACUCACAUAUUGUUCUUUACCUCCCAAUUUAUGUUGUCGAUGCCAUGCCAACGUUGUCUUGUUU